AUGGCGGCAACUAAUGGGACUACAACUCACCUUACAGCAGGACCUACAAUGUCUUCUGCAUCAAUUACAGCUGAAGAAGUGCAAGAAUAUGAGAGAAUUUUGAAAAUCAGCGAGGAGAUCUUUUCAGGAUCACACCCGCGUCUCAAGGUCCCCCAGAAGUUUGUGCGCAAACCGAAGACUCAAUCAGGGCAAGCUAGUCCGUUGCCCCAGCAGGUAGCGAAAAACAAACCUGCAGGUACAGAGCCUACAGCUCGACUUGAAACCUCGCGCAAAACCAAUAGCACCCAAGCAUUCGCGGUCGAAUACGCGCCCAGUCCCGCCUCCACGAAUACAGCUCCUGACGCCCGCGUGCCCUUCAAACCUGCCUCUAGCAUCGAUCCCAUAUUUUUGACGAAAUCGGAUGAUCUUGUGAAAGCAGAACUUCAAUUACAACGGCAGCGAGUGGAAAGGACGUUGCGUGAUCAGUUGGAACAGCGAAAACAAGAUGGCAAGCAAAAGCCCAACAUUCAAGACAUUAAACCCGAGUUUGAUGUCUCGGAUGUGUUGAACAAAGCUUUUGACAUCGUGAAACCUGUCUCACUCAGUGAUCCAUCUGAGAUUAACGCGGCAGACUCAUUUGAUGAGAAUUCCUACUACUCCAGUAAAGCGCCUGAUUCGCCGCCUCUUGCCGGUGAACACCAAAACCUGUCUCCUGUCAUUCCGACUGGACCAUCGGGGGCCUCAACAGGACCUCCAGUAGAGCAUUAUGCAGAUGAGUUGCAGCGGCUUGAAGCUCUGAACAAAACUGGAUCUGAUCAGGAAAUGCCAGAUGCUUACCCUGUUGCUGACCAGCGCAUUUCCCAUCCCCAGAACCAGCUGCACCCCAAUCAAACAGAAGCAGCUCGUCGAUUUCACGAAGCCCAAGAGGUUGAAAUUGUGGAUGAGCCGGAAUAUUCCCCGCCCGCCCCGGCAGCACCGCCCGUUGAUCACAGAGUUUAUGAGCAAGUACCUGCAAACAGUCAAGGCAAACCCAGAUACCUUGAACGCCCACCAGAUACCCCUUACUAUUCACCUGGAAGCAACGUCACAGUAGUCAGAAACCAUAUCACCUCCCCAGCAGCUCCUCGUCCUUCGCGCGUCUCUCCCCUAGCCACAUCGAAGGUGGCUCCGAUUCAAGUUCGGGAUGAUCGAUAUGAACCAGGCUUGGGCAGAAUUGAUUCCGAUCCGGAGUCCGGCCGUGCUAGCCCCAGUGGUCCUGCACCCCAGGUUGUUUCUCGCAAAAGAAGACGGCUGCAGGAGAAAGGACGCAACGCCCGUGUGUCUUACAAGAGACAGAAUGCUGAUCACUCUGAUACCUACAUCAAGGAAGAGCCAGUCUCUCCACCCCCAUUUACCGAUGACCCUGCCGUUGUGCGAACCCGACAACCCCAGCAACAGCCUGUUUACAUCGACAUUGAAUCCCCACGUUACUCACCUGUUCCGGGACGACGCGAGCCAGCCAGUCGAGCACCAAUUUACGAAAUCAAUCCAUAUCAUGAGAUCCCCGCUGGGCAACUGCCGUCAAGAACAAUUUCUCGAGUAGAAGCAAGACAUCCAGUCCGUGAUGAAACCGAGAUUCGCCGAGUCACCAGUAUGCAGUAUGCGCGGCAACCUGAAUAUCCUCAAGAAUACGUUGAGCAUGAUCCUCAUGCUGGUCGAUCCGCCUCAUACGCUGUCGUUGAAAGGCGACAACCGGAGCAACCCAGGUACUACGAGGAGCUUUCUUCUUAUGGGCCACGGUACAUUCAAGUGAAUGAGCCAUCGCAGCCAGCCUAUGGAAGUCAAUAUUAUGAAGCACCUCAACCUGCACGCGUCAUGCCUCCACCUCCUCCACCCCAACCUCAACGCCGAUAUGUCGUUGAUGAGCAUGGCAACGAGUAUGAAAUUGUUCCAUCUCGACGGGGACAAACCAUGGCGCCACCUUCUCGUCCAACAUCCAGAGCUCAUGUUCCACAACCUGAAAUUUACGAUGAUCGACCUGUCCGUACCGCGAGCGUCCGCGCACCAUCUGUUGUUCAAGAUCCAUACGUUGAGCGCCGCUACAUACAAGAGAUGCCACCUCCCCAACCUGUCUACAGACGUGUUACUUCUGAUUAUGCUCGUCCUGUUGCUGGUGAAAGACCACCAUACGCCGCUCCUUUAGAAGCUCAUGAACCCUUUCCUCGAUCCGCCAGUGUCCAGGUUGCAGAAUAUCUCCCCCGUCGCCAGGCCUACGUAGAAGAGCACACCAUUCCCCAGGAAAGGGUGAUUCGGACUGCUAGUGUCCGUCCUCAGCCUCAACAAAGAUAUGAAGAGCCACAUGAAGUCGUUCAGCGAGUCGGUGAUACCCGUCCCGCUGGGCAUGGUCGCGAGGUGAGUGUUUACAUGGACGAAAGAUCUAUGGGUGACUAUGUUGAACGCCCUUAUUAUGUCCGCGAACGACGAUACUUCGAAGAUGAAAAUAGCAUGGCGUUGGAUGGAAACAGUGAGCAACCUGUGCAUCGUGUUUCUCAGCAUUACUAA